AUGAAUGUAUUUAACAACAAUUCUUCAGAUGAACUUCCUCAAAAUCUAGAAGAUCUUAAAGCCAAUUCGGAAUGGAUACUAGGUAUUUUUGAAGCAGGCAGAGGACCUCUGAUUGGACCUAUCAUAAUUGCAGGUUGCUUUUGGCCAAUCACGAAUCAUAAUUACAUUGUUAAAUAAUGUUCUUUAUCACUCAAUAAACAAUUCUACUAAAAUCAAGUUGAAAGUUCAGAAAUAAUUAGUAAACUUAAAGGCAAGGCAUUGCAAUUUGAAACAAUCGAAAUUAGCGCCCAAAAAUUAUCAACUAAGAUCUUGGCGUAUACUCCUUCUGAUGUAAAUGAAAUUAGUUUAAAUUACACAUUAUAACUUAUUAAAAAUAUACUGUCAAAAGGAUACAAAAUUAUUGAGUGUUAUAUUAAUCCCAUUGGUUUCAAGGAAAAUUUGAAUGAAGUUUUGAAAAAGGGUCUUGGCUUAGGAAAUAAUGACUUAAAAUUUAUUGUGGGAAUGCAUUAAACAAUAAUUGCAGCCUAAAUUGUGUCUUUGCAAGAAAGGAAUACUCGAUUGCUGCAAAUAUAAUAAGAUAUUUAUCCAUCUGGAUAAAUGGGAUCGGGUUACCCUUCAGAUGCUCUGACAAGAGAGUUUCUCUCUAAAGUCAGCAUUCCUGUUUUUAUUUAUCCAUAAGACAUUAGAUUUGCUUGGUAAACAGUAAGCGCUAGUCUUAAAUAAAAAGCAAUCAACAUUGAAUAUUUAUCCGAAGAGAAUUGGACAAGAUAAACAAAAGAACAAUUCUUAGAAAACCCCUCUUUUUUAGAAUAUGGAGGAUUACACUUUGAAAAUUAUUAUUUAUGA